AUGCAGCAGCCCCGUCAAAACCUGUGGGAACCCCCCACAUCGCCCCCCACCCCCAGGCCCCCUCCACACAGACCUCUCCAUCUAGAGCAGCCUUGUUAUCACUUCUAUCUGCGCACCCCAGCUCGCGGCGCGCUCAGCCCCAACGCGUCCGUCAAAUAUGAAUCGCAUCACCCUGACGCUGCACGCCGGUGCCACAUAGGAAUUUACUCCCGAACGGCUGUCACGAUGCGCCUCACGGCCGUGUUCUUGUUUGCAGCCGUGACAGGCGUCGCUGGAGGUUGGGGAUGUGGCUGCAACACGGAGAAUGGAUUUUGCGGGAAGACUGGCAAGUGCAGGUGCAAACCAGGGUGGCAGGGCGACCACUGCGAGCGCUGCAUCCCCUUCCCGGGCUGCCUGCACGGCUCCUGUGAGAAAGCGUGGCAGUGUGUCUGUCAACAGGGCUGGUUGGGCAGCCUGUGUGACCAAGACAAUCGCCUGUGCUCAUCGGGGCCUUGUUCGGGGAACGCCACCUGCAUAGAGACCGGAGAAGGGGGCUACCUGUGCGUCUGUCCCCAAGGUUUCACCGGACCAACCUGUCAGCUGAGGAGGAACGUCUGUCUCACUGACGGCUCCCCUUGCCAGAACGGAGGUACUUGCACAGAAGCGGGCGACGGGUCGGAGGUCCGCGCUUCCUGCUCAUGCCCGCCUGGAUUUUCCGGAAACGUCUGCCAGAUCGCAAGCGACGUCUGUCAGUCGGACCCGUGUCUAAACGGCGGCAAUUGCACAAACCGCGGGGCGACCUUCACGUGCUCCUGCCUUCGAGGCUUCUCCGGUAUGACUUGUAACGACACGGUCGUCUCACCGUGCGGCGCCACGCCCUGCGCCAACGGGGCCGCCUGCGUCGGCCGACCCGACGGGACCUUUCGCUGCGUUUGCCCGAAACGGUUCUCGGGCCAGCUGUGCGCCAUUCCGCACCGGCCGAAAGCCAAGCCGAAGCAGGCCAAACCCGCGGACCGCAGGGUGUUUGCGCUGACCCCGCAACACUACUCGCUCCCCACCCACGCCUUCCACAAGCUCCUCCAAGCGCCCGAAAGGGACCUGCUGAAGAUCACGCUGAAGGAGACGGCCCGCCACUCCCCCGGCGUUCUGUCCGGCCACGCUCAGCUGGUGUGUUUCGGCAUGCUGGCCCUGCUCACCUGCCUUGUCAUCCUGGCCACCACGGGCAUCGUGCUGUGCGGCCGCUGCGAGGCGUGGCUGGCCAACGCCAAGUACAGCAAGCUGGUGCGGCGGCAACGCGAUCACCUGCUGAAGGAGGCGGGGGCGGCGGGCCGCGAGGAGACGGAACACUCGGUCAACAUCAUCCUGCCGGAGAAGAUCAGACUGAACAGCUUCGGGAGGCGCUACACCUCCAUCUGAUCCGUGAAUGUAAAUCUGAAGUCGAUAGAGUAUAUUUGAAUGUACAGUCCAGUGCAAAUAUGACAAUGAUUAUUAGUCAUUUCAGGCAGCGGUUCUCAAACUCGUUGGGUUGAGGAAGCACUUAAAGGGGAAAUAUUCCCAGUACCAAUUCAACAUACAUACAGUAACUACCAACACCCAACCCCCCACCCACCCACUUAAAUGCCUUGGAGAUCAUUUAUAUUUUGAACAUUUCAACAACUAUCCAAUGCUAUUUACAGUGACGAAAAUAAGUAUUUGAACACCCUGCGAUCUUGCAAGUUCUCCCACUUACAAAUCAUGGAGGGGUCUGAAAUUUUCAUCGUAGGUGCAUGUCCAGCGUGAGAGAGAUCAUCUAAAAAGAAAAACCCAGAAAUCGCAAUGUACGAUCUAUUUGUGUGAUACAGCUGCAAAUGAGUAUUUGAACACCUGAGAAAACCAAUGUUAAUAUUUGGUACAGUAGCCUUUGUUUGCAAUUACUUGUUCACCAGGUUUGCACACACUGCAGGUGGGAUUUUGGCCCACUCCUCCACACAGAUCUUCUCAAGAUCAGACAGGUUUCUGGGCUGUCUCUGAGAAACACAGAGAUUUAGCUUCCUCCAAAGAUUUUCUAUUGGGUUUAGGUCUGGAGACCAGCUAGGCCACGGCGGAACCUUGAUACGCUUCUUACGGAGCCAGUACUUGGUUUUCCUGGCUGUGUGCUUCCAGUCAUUGUCAUGUUGAAAGACCCAGCCACGACCUAUCCUCAAUGCUCUGACCGAGGGAAAGAGGUUGUUCCCCAAAAUCUCACAAUACAUGGCCGCGGUCAUCCUCUCCUUAAUACAGUGCAGUUGUCCUGUCCCGUCUGCAGAAAAACACCCCCAAAGCAUGAUGCUACCACGCCCCAUGCUUCACAGUAGGGAUGGUGUUCUUGGGAUGGAACUCAUCGUUCGUCUUCAUCCAAACACGGUUAGUGGAAUUAACCAAGCUGCUUGGCGAUUUCUCUGUAGCCCUUUCCAGUCGUGUGGAGUUGUACAAUUUUGUCUCUGGUGUCUUUUGACAGCUCUUUCGUCUUGACCAGGUUGCAAGUUUGAGUCUUACUGAUUCUAUGGGGUGAACAGGUGUCUUUAUGCAGCUAACGACCUCACACAGGUGCAUCUGAUUCAGGAUAAUACAUGGAGUGGAGGUGGAAUUUUUAAGGCGGGCUAACAGGUCUUUGAGGGUCAGAAUUCUAGCUGAUAGACAGGUGUUCAAAUACUUAUUUGCAGCUGUAUCACAAAAAGAAAUCAUUAAAAAAAAUCAUACAUUGUGAUUUCUUUUUAGAUUCUCUCACAGUGGACGUGCACCUAGGAUGAAAAUUUCAGACCCCAUCCAUGAUUUCUAAGUGGGAGAACUAUAGCAUAUAGUUAUAUAGCAGGGUCUUCAAAUACAUAUUUUCUCCACUGUAAUUAAUUGCAAUGCUAAUCCAUCGCCGUGAGCUGAUGUGCAUUACUGCCACUAACAACAGUGUUGUGAACAUAGAGGUGAUAGUUUACAAACGCACAGUCGUUAUUGCAAAUUUUAGCGGUUUGAGCACAAUAUUUUGCGACUUUUCCCAAUCUCUCUCAGGACUUUUUUUUUUUUUUUUUUUUAAACAUUUCCUUACCUGUACAAACUUUACAUGGAAAGAGCUAGAAAUGCUACACGCAAGCAUGGAAAACACAUUCAGCAGUUCACAAUCACAUCAGUCGUUUUUUUUUUUUAAUUUUUAAUUUAGCCCAAGGCUAAGAUAAAGCUAAAUGAUGCGACAUAAUUUCUUUCGAAUUAUUCUGUGGCCCCCCCAAAUUACAUUUCGGGGAGGACCCCAGUUUGAGAACCUUUGCAGUAACGUGUGACGUUAUGAAUCAUGUUAAAUACCAAAUAGCAAGGUGUCGUGUGCCAGCUCUUUAUGUCAUUAGUUACACAUAUGCAAACGUUUUAGGACAAUACGAAACAUUGUACAUUUGAUAUAUUUCUAUGUAUGAUUGCAAAAACAGUUGCCAAAACAUUAGGUACACCUGUACAAUCUAGUGCGAUCCAAUACAAGGGCGGCAUCGGAAAACAAACCGUGCGUUGUGUACUAACUGUGUAACUAACAACCAAAAGCAAAAAUCAGUUUUGGAUUUGCAAAUCUUGCUGAGCAUGUGUGUGCACAUCCUCUACGCAAACUGGCUGGAAAUGGGUUGUGUCGUAUUUGCGUGAACAAACAAACAAAUCUCAACGAGAGAGAGAGAGAGAAAAAAAAAACUCAGUUUGUGGCGGCCACUCCUAUAUCAGGUUCAUUGAAGACUAAAUCAUCCUUAGGUGGAGGUAUAAAUAGUUUGUCUCCAUGUACCCCGUGAUUGGCUGGCGACCACUACGAGGUGCCUCUUGCCUUAAAUCAGAUGAGAUAGGCUCCACCUCCUCUCUAAUGUUCAUAAGCGCUACAGGAAACGGAUGGAUGAAAUCAUGGAUUUUUAAACAUUGAAACAGGUCAAUUUGACCCUCUGUAUUAAAAAAAAAAAAGCAAUUAAAAUGAUUUCUACUUUUAGGUAAUCAAUAAUCACAAAAAUCACUUUUAAACAAACUGUUUUUUUCCUUCCAGAUUUUUAAACAUACUUCCAAACAGACCAAAUCUGACAUGUAAUAUGACGCGAUGUUAACAUUGUUUUAAAAAUUGCCUAAUACGUUUUCCCCGCCUGUGUGGAGUUUGCAUGUUCUCCUUGUGCCUGCGUGGGUUUUCUCCGGGCAUUCCGGUUUCCUCCCACAUCUCCAAAAAAUUGGACACUCUAAAUUGCCCCGAGGUGUGAUUGUGAGUGCGACUGUUUGUCUCUAUGUGCCUUGCGAUUGGCUGGCGACCAGUUCAGGAUGUACCCUGCCUCCUGCCUGUUGACAGUUGGGAUAGGCUCCAGCAAUCCCACGAGCCUCGUGAGGAUAAGCGGCAAAGAAAAUGGAUGGAUGUUUUCUUUGGGCUUUUUUUUUUUUUGUCACCUUGUAUUGGCUCUCAUUAGAUUGUGCAAAUACUCUUUGCCCAAUACUGAUUGUACAUUUCAAUCAAAUGAAAUCAAAUACAUAGCGAUACCCAUUUCCUACACUGUAAAAUCAUCGUGGACAAUAAUUGUGAGAAAUUAACACCGUGAUCAGAUUUCUCACAGACUGUGAACAGUAUGUCUUUAUGUAAUUAGUAUGUAAUUACACAACAAUGUAAUUAGUUUGAAAGCAAUGUGAUGUUUAGUCCUUGGCAUUAAUCAGGACCCGAGAGGUAGCUUUGUUUCAAAAAAGCUCGGCGACUCUAAUUUCAAACAAAACACACAUUUAUUCUGACUAUAAAGGAUCAGUGGCAUCUACUCUAUUAAGUGUUCUUACUUAAUGUGGCUGGAGGUAUACCGCUGACUGAUUGCAACCCCCUCACCCUCCUCUUUCUGAUUGUUCCCUUCAAAUAUGAAUGUCAAUUUCAAUAUCCUUGUUAUCCCAAACCAUCCCGCCUUUCCGUUAUGAUUCAGUCUGCAGCGCAUUUGAAGUUUCUGUCCGACUUUACUCACCGCCCGGCGGCACCUCGGCUACGCUCCAAAAUGAAGGUUGGAUCAAAAGCUGCAAGAUGUCCAACCGGGUUGCGCGCUCCACCUGAUGCAAGGGAGGAAAAUCGGUCACCACUUGUAAAUGCGAUAAUGUUGUGUGUCAUUAUGGGAUGGAGUCACACAUGUCGGAGCAAUAGUGCAUGGGGGAAAAAAUGAUGAUGAUUUAUUAGCUAUUGACAAGUGGAUUUGUUUGACACUGUAAACAGAGGGAGAUUUACGGAAUAUGUUUUCCUGUUUUUAAAAUAUUUCGCCCCAUUUUUAUAGAAGUCACAAUAGCAUGGAAAUGCAAUAAGUACAGAAAUAUAGCGGUGAGUAAAGUACAGAAGUAAUAAAUAAUUAAGACGUGUGCAAUGUGCAAGUGAAUAAAAUCAUUUAAAUUAAAUGAAGUUGGGAUGAAGUAGGUGCAAAAAUGUAAUCAAUAAUUCAAUGAGAAUGACAGAAAUUCAAAGAAAACAUACAAAAUGGAAACAAAAUCCUAAACAGGUGUAGAAUUAUCUGCAUUCAAAAAAAUAUGCACUGUUUUUUUCAAUAGAAAUUGCUGAACUCUAUCUUCGAAUAAAUAGCUGUGUAGUUUUCUUUUGAGCCAAUGUAGUUUAAAUAUCUAUACGUAUCAUAUUCAGAUUUAUUACACUGUUAUCCAUGCUCGGAUGUUUUUAUUUUGUUUUGAAUGAGUUAAGUGCAGAAUGUGGUUCACUUUAAAAUGAUCCAUUUAAUGUUAUGCUUUUAAUGCAACUACGAGCCUCCAGUCAGGUGAAAAUCUAUAUUUGCUCUUGUGCUUUUUGUCCAUCAAUGUUUUUAU